AUGAGUUCCUCUCAGUCGCCCGCAGAGGCCCCAGGCCCUGCUGAUGGCAUCCAACCAUCCCAUACCUACGUACCAAACCUGGGAUACGUGCAACCCGAAGGCGCAAAUUCAGCCGUGGCGGGGCAAGAACCCACCGACCUGGAAGAGGGGGAGGAAGAGGACGACGAAUACUACGACGACAUUUUCGAGGAGGAAGAAUUGGACCAGGAAGACUUCCAAUCCUCCGACCCUGCCGAUCUUACCAAGGCCUAUAACCGCCAGCGAAAGUUGAACGACCUCGCCGCCGAUCCCAACGCACCGAGAUGGACCUAUCCCAAGACGAACACACAGAAGCCCACAGUCAACACAUACGCCUCCGUCGACGAUCAAGUCAAGUCCCUUACUCGACAUGCUGCCAAGAUCAAGCUCGAUGACCAGCAGUCUGGUUUGUCUGGUGGUGGUGGUGGACGUGGUGGAGAUCGCGCGGACCGUGCUACAUCGGAACAGGUGCUGGACCCCCGCACUCGAAUGAUUCUGUUGCAAAUGAUCAAUCGCGGACUCGUGUCAGAGAUUCACGGUUGUUUGUCGACUGGUAAGGAGGCCAACGUCUACCAUGCCAUGUCGUUCCCCGAUGAGGACCAAGAGGCUGCCCCGCAGCACCGUGCGAUCAAGGUCUACAAGACCAGCAUUUUGGUCUUCAAGGAUCGUGACAAGUAUGUGACUGGUGAAUUCCGAUUCCGUCAAGGAUACAACAAGAGCAACAACCGCGCCAUGGUGAAGCUGUGGGCCGAGAAGGAGAUGCGUAACUUGCGGAGAAUUUAUGCCGCUGGUAUUCCUUGCCCCGAGCCCAUCUACCUGCGUCUGCACGUUCUUGUCAUGGGCUUCAUCGGCAGCUCGAAGGGUCUAGCCGCCCCCCGUCUGAAGGAUGUUGAGUUUGACAUCCCCGAGCCCGAGACCCGUUGGCGGUCCCUGUACAUGGAGUUGCUGGGUUGCAUGCGUGUCAUGUACCAGACGUGCCGUCUUGUCCACGCUGAUUUGAGCGAGUACAACAUUCUGUACCACAAGCAACGUCUAUACAUCAUUGAUGUUAGUCAAAGUGUUGAGCAUGAUCACCCUCGCAGCUUGGAGUUCCUUCGUAUGGAUAUCAAGAACGUGAGCGAUUUCUUCCGUCGCAAGGGUGUCGACACCUUGCCCGAGCGCACUAUUUUCCAGUUCAUCCUUUCCCCCGAGGGCCCUACCGACAUCACUCAAGGUAACGAGGAGAUGUUUGAAGCGAUUGAGAAGCUCUUCGCCGCCCGUGCGGAAGGUGGUGAUCAGGAGGCUGAGGAGGUCGACACUGCCGUGUUCCGUCAACAAUACAUCCCCCAGACCCUCGAUCAAGUGUACGACGUCGAGCGUGAUGCCGAGAAGAUCCGUGAUGGUGGCGGUGCCGACCUGGUUUACGGAGAUCUGCUAGCCACUGGCAAGGCCAAGCCCACCGAGGCCGAGGCCAAUGAAGAAUCCGAUGCCAGUGGUGGAGUCUCCGUCUCUGGUUCUGAUUCCGAGGAGGACGAAGAAGGCGCAGAGCACGACCCCUUCGCAAAGAAGCCUCCUCGUGGCAAGCGUUUCGAGGACAAGGAUUGUAAGCGCGAGCACAAGGCCAAGGUCAAGGAAGAGAAGCGUGAGCAGCGUGCGAACAAGAUGCCGAAACACCUUAAGAAACGCCUGGUCUCUACUUCUUCCCGCAAGAAGAAAUAG